ACAGGCAGCCCGUCCCAGUGACUUGGCAAAAGCUUUCUCGCCAUGCUGCCCACUCCAUGUUGAUCAGCUUCAAACUGCUUCGUAACUGGAAGGAUGAUCCAUUAUUUCCAUUCUCUGCCUCUGUGGUAAACCAAACCCAUCUUUAAACCGUCCCUACUGAAAGAAGAUUUGGGCUUCACUUUGGACUGAAGUCAACCAUGGUGCGUAAUGUGGACGACCUGGACUUCUGUCUGUCCUCCCAUCCUCAGAGCAUCCUUGAGGGCUUGCGCUCUCUGUGCUCUCACCCUAAACUAGUUGAUGUAACUCUGAGCGCCGGUGGUCGGGACUUCCCCUGUCACCGCGGCAUGUUAGCCCUCUGCAGCCCAUAUUUCCACUGCAUGUUCUCAGGGGACUUUGUGGAGAGCAUAGCUGCGCGUGUGGAGCUUCAGGAUGUUGAUCCGGAUAUACUCAGCAGCUUACUGGACUUUGCCUACACAGGCAAACUGACUAUUAACCAGAGCAAUGUGGAGGGGCUGAUCUGCACCUCCAGCCAGCUGCAGUUCCAGACAGUGAGAACCGUGUGCAGCAGAUACCUCCAGCACCAGAUUGAUGCAACAAACUGUCUGGGGAUCCUGGAGUUCGGGGCGAUUCAUGGCUGCCCUGAGGUGAUGGCCAAAGCUAGGGCCUUCCUCUUGGAGAACUUUGAGGCUGUGCAACAAGGUGAGGAGUUUCUGCUGAUGGAAAAAGACAGAUUGGUUGCCUGCCUGUCAGAUGAAGGACUACAUAUCAGGUCAGAGGUCACCCGUGUGGAGGCCAUCCUGAUGUGGGUCAGACACCACACAGAGUCUCGGCUCUGCCACCUUCUUGAACUCCUCACCUUGUCCCGUCUCUCUCUGCUCAGCCUGGACUACCUGUCUGACUCCCUGCUGAAGGACAGUCUAGUGCAGGCUUCUCCCAGCUGCAAAGAGGCUGUGGAGAAAAUCCACAGAGAGAAAAUGGAGUCAACGCCAGAACUCAUGGACAGGCUUGACGCUCAGAGUCCACAGCCAAACGUGCAAGAGGUGCUGUUUGUGAUGGGCGGCCGCUCACUGGAUGACUCAGACGAUGAGGAUUCAGAUGAAGAAGAGGACAGAGACCCAAGACUACAAAGACUGCUGCUCAGGAACUGUGCCUUCUACAACACAAAGACAAAACAGUGGCAUGAGCUCCCUAAUUUCCCCAACCCUAACAAGUGGGGUUACUCCAUGGUGUCCUUGAACAAUGAUGUGUAUGUCACAGGAGGCUCACGAGGUUCAAAUACCAAUACCUGGUCCACCACAGAGACCUGGAAGUACAUCACAAGAGAGGGGAGGUGGGUAACUGUGGCACCCAUGCUCCGGCCUCGCACCAACCACACAUCAGCAACACUCAACGGGGAUAUUUACGUCAUUGGAGGUACAACAGCAGAUCGUGUUGAGGUUGAGCAUUACGACCCUUACAGCGACAGCUGGGCCUUGACAUGCCCUGCCAUGAGAUAUGUGACAAACUUCACGGCCACAGCAUGUCAUGGGAAGCUCUAUGUGAUUGGGUCAUGUGCCGUGAAGUACAACGCUUUAACCAUGCAGUGUUACAACCCUGUUAUAGAUAGCUGGAUCGGCAUAUGUUCACCCUUUAUCCCUAAGUACCUGUCCUCACCCCGGUCUGUCUGUGUGGAUGGGACUAUCUAUCUGGUUGCUGACAACACUAAAAAAGUUUACUCUUAUGAUCCAGUGGCAAACAUAUGGCAGAAGGUUCAGCUUCUCCACAUGCUCCAUGAGAAUGGCGGCCUGGUAACAUUAGAUGGCAAGCUGUUUGUCACAGGAGGCCAUUGGAAAGGUAUGGAGGGGGACUACGGGGUGGAAGUGGAGAUUUAUAACCGAGCGGCCAACACCUGGGAGGUGGAAAGCUUCCUGCCAAGACUUUGGUUUUACAGCGGAGUCUGCAGCAUCUUCCUUGAUCCAUCCCUAUGGCCCGAGCUCUUCCCCUUAGAUUCAACAUAACGGCCUCCUGAACUGACAGAACUUACCUCAGAGUCAUGGAGUUCACCGAGACGUGUUGCUGUAAUACUGAUGUUAUAAUGUAAAUGGCAUGUUUAUCCCUGGGUGUCAUUGUGUCCUAGAGUAGUGUGUUACAUAAUCAUCAGGGUUGCUUUAAGAGCAUUGCUUGGCUACUACUCAAUUUAUUUAUACUUUGUAUCAUGUGUGUGAUCAUCUUUAGUGUUUUAUAUACCAUAUUUACCAUUUUCCCCUGAAAAUACACUCAGGGUGAGAAGCUGACAUUAUGUCGUAAAGUUGUACUUUUAUAUUCUAGGUUGUAAGUCAUAAAACUAUUGGGUACAGUACAUUGGUAAUUAUUUACCCACAUUGAAAUCUAAAAAAUAAAUUGAUAGGAAAAAUCUGGAGGGAAAUUUGACCUUGUAUGUGAUGUUUUUUAACCUAACUAAUUCUUUAUAUUUGCUGUCAGACACUUCACUCUAACUGAGAUGUUAUCUACAAGUGGCUUGAUCCUCACAUUUGAACAUCCUAACAUGCCAAGAGCCAGGCCCAGUCCUUAAUAUAUGUUUUUUUGCUCUUUUUCUCACUCGUAUUUCAAAUAGGCCCACACCUACUGCCAUAAAUUAGACAACAACCACUCCCAACCAAAGCUGUUGGCUCUCAAAACCCCUCCAGAAUAUUUGAUGAAAAAAGAAUCCUCAGGCAAGUUUAUGGAAGUUCAGAAAUUAAGUAGUAGCUAUUGCAUUUUUGUCAAAACAUAAUGACAUUUGGCAAAGAGUACCCUGAAAAACAUACAUUUGACAAAACAAAAUACUGGAAGUUGACACCACCAAACCUUAAGUUAUCAGCCACAAGAAAAGGAUGUCUUGCUGAACAAAAUCUCAUAAAAGUUGUGGUUUUUGAGCACAUGUCCAUCCCUAUCAUAUUUAUUGAUGUAAAACAUCCUAAGUUUAUUAACUUAGCCCUUGAUUACUUUUGUGUCUUUAAAAUUGUGGCCUGAAUGAAUUCACUUUACUUCAAAUCAGGGUACAUAGACGUCUUUGUCACCAGCUUUUCAGAUAUGCUUCUUCUUCUACUGCUAUCUGAAGUUAGAAACAACACUGCAGUGGGAACUAUGUUAAUGAAUUACAACAGGAAUGAUGCUGAUCAAGCUUGGAGCAGUCACAAAUCUUGAUUAGAUUUAGUCUAAUAAACACUAACAGCAGUAAGACUUCAUAACAGUGUUUGAGUUUCCUUCCCUGGGCAUGACUUAGGAGGAAAAUGGCUUCUAUGUGAAUGAGGUCACUGAAAGGUGCUGGAAGAUGAUGGUGAAAGAAACUGUUUUUAUGCUAGGCUACUUUUUGUUGAUGAUAAGGACAGUAUUUUAUCUUAAGCUGUAUAUCAAAUGUUUUGAACUUGAAGUGUUAAAAUUAGUAAUAACAUGCGUUUGCUAAAAACCCUGUUAGGUAAUAAAAUGCACUACUUUGUC